CUAUGCAGCAAGACAAAGCCAUCGAAUGUAUCCUAUGGUAUAGGUCAGUUGUUAUGUUUUAGAUGUUGUAGCACUGUGAGGCUCAAGGUUAUCCGGCCUUUACUUGUCAUGUACAUGGAUUAUUAUUUUCUACACAGAAAUAAGUACUUUUGAUUAAUGCUGAUUUCAUUUAGAAGAAUAAAAAUGUUACUCUGAACACGACACAACAGUUUUCAUUUGUUCAUUUCUAAAUUUGAAAAAAUAAUAAUGUCAACCUGAAUUUGCUAUGAACUUUAUUGUAAAUCUCGGUUAUUUGUCCAGUUUCCUGGAAAUUACACUGUACAAUGAAAGACAGUAAGUAUUAACAUUAUAAUAUAAAAUUAAUGGUAUCUUGAUUUGUUCUUGUUUGCCGAUAAUCUAGGGGUGAUUGGAAUAAGGUACUAAGUGUCUCCUGAUGCAAUCUCUAAUUCUCUCUUUGAUUGACAAACUCAUAAAGGAAAAUUAAAGGGAGAAUCUAGUAGUUUUUCAAAAGUCACUUGGGAAUUAAUUGCAUGUACAGUCAACUUUCACCCUGCAGGAAUGUCUCUUUUACAGAUAAAAAUAAACACCAAUAUUAUUAUGGGUUGCAAAGAGUCAAAACGUAUCAUGUUUUUUCAGGCAUUGCAGAGCAUGACAAUGAACGACGAGUUAUAACAGCUGAAUUUAAAGAGUUUUACUUAGUGGCAUCAUGUGAGUAGUCUUCUAGUAAUGUACUAGAUCGCCAAAUGCUUGGCUGUAUAUGCCUCUGGUUCAGUACAUUUACUAAUAGUACAAGGGCUAUCACUAAUGAUAUUGUUACUACUAUAGCUGUACAGUACAGUGUGCUGCUAUGAUGUCAAUGAUGACAACCACAUCCACUACCACAACAUGCCCUCAUAGCUGAGCAAAAUCUUUAUUAUUAUUAUUUUCUUUUUACAUUUACUGUCAAACUUAGAAAACCGUGAACACCUGAAAAUUUUCAGGAAUGUUGAUUGUGUACUGGCCAAUCACAAUAAAGUUCAGGAUAUGCAAGCAAACCUCAAAACCACAAACUAAUUACCGUUGCUGUUUGCAGUUUGGUUGUCUCAUGCCUUAUUGGCUAUUUCCUCUCAACACAAUAACAUUCCAUAAAUAUUUCUGGUGUUCACGGUUUUGUCAGUUUCACAGUCAAAGGUAACGUAUUGAAAAUAAAUGUUUUUGUGUGUAUAUAGAGGGUCACAGGCUUAACAGUUCUUGAAAAUGAAUUUUCUCCUGACAAUGUCAAUACAUUAUCAAUAGAAAAAGUUAUGAGAGUUCAAAUUGAUCACGUGCAAAAGACACUUUGAUUCUCUGUCAAGUUCUGUCCACAAAUUCUUUAAGAAAAUGUAUGGAAGUCACUUUGGAAAAUGAAUUAUAACAGGCUCCUCCUUUUACCGGUAUAACUCCUCCUAAAACCCCCCAUGAAACAUUUAUAAGUGGCAGUUUGCGGUAUUGUAGUUUCUUCUGGUUGUCCCUCUCCUUAAAAACCAACAUGUUCAAAUUCUUAUUCGAUCCGAAAAGUGUGUCGUUAGUUGGCGACUCUUAAAAGGCCGCACUAAGGCUUAUCAGUUCUCGACUGAAACUAUCAACUGUUUUUCUCUCUACUUUCCUUGCAGGCUUGACUACAGACAGGGUUGGGAUAAAGUCUUCAGGGAUUACCUCAAGAAUCUAGACAAAAACAUACCUGUUAUACUGUGUGGCGAUCUUAAUGUUGCUCACAAAGAAAUAGGUUAGUUUCUGGCUGUUAAUCCUGUUAAUCAAUUAUUCUUCUGUUUAAAAAUACGUGCACACCAGGUUUUAUGUCUCCACCCAUAACUGUGCGGAUAGAAUGGGAACAAGCUUUUCACACAACGAUUCCUAGACUGAACAAGCCUUAGUUACAAUUUUUCAAUGAUAUCCAAAGUUAACCAUUUACUGGUUAGUAUGAGUUCUCAUCACCCUAGAACUUUUUAGACACCUUAUAAAGUUUACACAAAUUAGUAUUCCUUAUCGCUUCCACACCAUACAUCCACAGUACUGGGGAAACCAAAGCCAUGAGGAAUACUAUGUCGUGUAAACUUCAAAAGGUGUCCAAGGGGUUUUUAGCCGAUGCAAACCAAUGGUAACCCCAUUAACCAAUAAUGGCUUGCAUUUUCUAUCCAAGCAAUCCUAAAACACUUUCUACCAGUUCUCCUGUAGACAGUAGAUCUUGGAGAACCCUUUCCAUGUCAAAGCCGCUGAUAACUGAUACUACAUAUAUUUUCUCCCUCUCCUUUCUUAAAGA